AUGCCGUCCACAAAAAAACUACUGCAUUUCUUGUCAAGUGCAUGUGUAAGUGCAGCCGGUGUGGCUGUUUUAGGUUAUGGGAUGUCUACAAAUUGGGCUGAUUCCACACUCAGCUGCGCACCCAUUUCUAGUGAUAUAUUCAAUGGGACUGCCAAGCUCACAAUCCGUCUUUUUAAUGGCACUGAGGAAAAAAAUUCCUGCCCGAGGUUUGAUCAAUUUGGAGAAUCUGUUCAAGUGUUUCAGCGUCUCAUAUCAGCAGGUGGAGCUCCAAUUAUCCUGCACAUUCUGGUUGUGGCCUUGUUGGUUGUGGCUCUUUUGGGGUCUGCAGGCAGUAUUCUUGUCACUCUGUAUAACAGCUUCAGUAACCCGUAUCAGACCUAUAUGGGACCAAUCGGGCUGUACGCAUGCAGUGGACUCAGUGCAUGUGUGGCGACCCUGGCAAUGAUCCUGUAUGUGCUGAACGUGUACCCGGUUCAGAUGUUCCAGGCACUUGUGUUUGCCAAAGCGGAAAACGUAAGGUUAAGGCAAGACAAGACUGGAUUGCUGGUGGGAUUCUACCUUGUGAUUGUUUACAUCUGCGCCAACCUGAUCGCCAUCCUGUUGGUCUAUCUGUACGUCCACAGCGCACAGACACGCCGCAAAGAGCAGGAGAAACCCACAGAGGACGCACCGCAAGAUAUCAUGAUGUUCUAA